AUGGCAGGUUCUAAAAACGGUGUGCCCGUGGGGAUAUCAACACGAGCUGCUUUGGCCAAAGCAGCAGCAGCAUCGGCAUCGGUAUCGGCAUCCGCGACAGCAGCAGCGACAGCAACGGCGACGGCAGCGGCAGCGGCAGCGGCAGCUGCAGCAGCGAUAGACGUUGUGAUGGGGGGUACUUCGGCGGCGACGGCGACGAGCUCGACCCAGACGGCCACGGCCGCAGUGACGACAAUCGUUAGCGCAAGUCUCCUGGCCACAGUGGGCUCGAAGCAUGGCGCGGGGAACGGGUUUAAUAACGACAAGGGUCUGGGUCUGGGUCUGGGUCUCGAGCCGCGUGCGAGGUGCAGCCAAUGCGGGCGCCGGCGCACAGCGUGUCACCACCUACCGCAGCACCAGGGCCUCCAGCAACCCACUAACGCCAACGCUACGGGUGGCCCUUCCUCCGCAAAUGCAAAUCUUAACCUUGGGCCCAACGGAGCUCUCAGCGCCGCGGCUUCGGCGGCCUUGCACCCGAAACCCCGCAGGAUCUCCAAGCUCAGGCACCGCGCGGGUUUAAGUGGCUCUUCCGCCCAGCAGCAGCAGGAGCAGCAAGAAGCAGGUGGUCCAGUGCUCGGCGUGACUUUUUCGCAACACCUAGCCACUUCCGCAGCAGCACCAGCAACAACAGACUCCAGCAGCGCCGCGAUGGAGCCUCCCGUGCUCUCGUUUUAUGGCAAAGAGCCGGUGCCGCUACCAUCGCGUUUUGGACAAAUUAAGCGCAAUUUGGUGGCGGGCCACGAGGCCGAGCUCGAAGCGUCGUGGGCACGCCUGAUUACAGCGCUGCGGGAACAUGUCGACGACAUUUCGUCGCGCGGAACUUCGCUGACGCCCAGCAUCGAUUUUGGCGACAUUAACCAGCCCGAUGCUCGCGCGGCCUUUGCCCGCGACCUCAAGCGCUACGGCCUCGGCGUUGUCCGCGGGGUCGUGCCCAAGGCCGAUGCACAGGUAGCCAUCGACGAGACGGUUAGCUACCUGGAGCGACAGACCGAAUACAAGGCGCCACCACCACAGGACCCGACCUGUUUCGACUUUUUCUGGACCCCGGCACAGGUGCGCACGCGGGCGCACCCCCGCGUGCUCGAGGCCCAACGGUUCGCCAUGUCCUUGUGGGACAACAACGCCGACGACCGCAUGGCCAUCCGCUUCCCCAUUGCGUACGGCGAUCGUCUGCGUAUCCACGGCGCCAACAUCGGCAAUGUCGGCCCGGACGCCUCGACGAGCAAGGUGAAGGAGGAGCUGUCCUCCGACGCCGACCUCGAGGCGCAAAAGGCCGCGGCCGAGUUGCUAGGUGACUUCACGUCGUCGACGCUCAUCGCGCAGGUUGACAACGGCAGCCUAGAGCGCUGGGAGCCCGACGGCUACGGCCGUGACGGCACGUACGACGCCGUGUUCCGCGGCGAAUGGGAAAAGUAUGACCCGUGGGACCCCACGCACCGCGUGCCGGCUACGUCGGAUCUGUACAACGGCUACGGCGCCUGCAGCAUCUUCCGCAUGUACCAGGGCGUCGUGGCGCUCAGCACAAUCGAGCCGGGCCUCAUCCGGCUGUUGCCCAGCCCCAAACUAGCGACGGCCUACUUCCUUCUCCGGCCGUUCUUCUCCCCCAAGACAAAACCGCCUGAGCGCCGUGACGGCCCAGAGUGGGAUGCCUUCCUCGAUCCGUCCAACUGGGCCCUCGACAAGGAACAGUCCACCAUCAUCCACGGCGCCGUCCCCGGCCACGCCCAGCGUUUGACCGAGCUCUGGCACCCACACCUGCACCUCCGCCGCACCCUCCAAACCAUCCCCACUCUCCAAACCGGCGACUACAUCGUCUGGCACCCCGACUUAGCCUACCACAUGACCUCCAACCCCAACGUCAUGGCUAGCCGCGCACCAACCCCGCCACCACUAGCCGAAGGCGAGCAAGACGAGCCCGCCAGCGGCCCACCAGUCUCCGUCCUCGUUUACGUCCCCGCGGCCCCGCUCACGCAGACCAACGCACUGUACCUCGCCCGACAGCGGAAGACCUUCCAGCGCGGGCACCCGGGUCCUGACUUUGACUCGACGGGUAGCGGUCUGGGCAGCGAGGCGACACAUAUCGGGCGGCCGACAGAGACGGAUAUCGGCGAGGUCGGUGGACCUGCGGGGCUGCAGGCUAUGGGGCUGGCGCCGUUUGAUGUUGCGCCUACGCCGCCGGCGAGUUCUGGGUCGGGAUCGGGAGAUGGGAGUGCGGGUGGGAUUACUAAGGACGGUGAUGUGGAUAUGGGUAAUAGCAGCAGCAGUGGUGGUAGUGCGGGUAGCAGCAAUACCAUGACGCGUGCGGAGGCCGAGGUUGCCCGGCUAGCGAACAUCAUUCUGUUCCCGGACCGGUACGACUUUUACAUGGCGAAGCGGAAUGAGAAUGGGAGUAAGCGGAGUAAGGUGCGAUUGGAGGGGUUGUUGAAUCCGGUUAUUGAGCCGGAGCCGGCAAAGGAUGCCGGGAGUAGCAGUAAGGGGAAGGGGAAGGCUUUGGGUGAUCGGAGGAGAAGUUGA